GAACUACUCUUGUUGAUAGUGCAUGGCAAGCAAGAAACAGACAUAAAUUAAUAAACAGAAAUGAAUGCCCCAGAUAGAUUUGAAUUAUUUAUAUUACCGGAUGGAGUAGAUAAAAUUAAAAUCACACCAGAUACAAAGGUACCAAAUGCAGCUAUCAUAAAGAUAGAAAGAGAAGACCAUACAUUAGCAAACUUGUUAAGAAAUCAAUUAUUAAAAGAUGAAAAGGUUAUUUUUGCUGCAUACAAGGUUGAACAUCCAUUAUUUGCCAACUUUGUGUUGAGAAUACAAACGGAAGAUGAUUACUCACCACGAGAAGCUUUGAAAAAUGCUUGUUCUGGGUUGAUCAGUGAGUUGGAUGCUAUAAAAAGUAGGUUCAAUGCCGAAUGGGCCCUUAAGGCUUUGUUAAAUAAUAACGAAGACGAGUUUUAAGCUUGUUUUAAAACAAUUGUAUAUUAGACGAUUUUACUAUUAGUUUUACCAAUAGAGAUGUAAUGUUAUUAAUAUUGUUCAUGAAAUUUUAAUUUUUUUUUCUAUGAUAUUGUAUACUAUUUGGUAUAUAAUGCUAGGUUGAUAAAAUAUAUGUAAAAAAUACCGCAAAGCUAACACUGGAGUAGAAAGCAGCAACGAUAUGCAACAAAAACUUGAAUUGAAUAUAGAAAAGUUGUCAACGUGCAAAGGCUGUGAAUGUUUGAAUAACGGAGAAAUAUGUAAAAAAAAAUAACCAACGAUAGUGUACAAGUCAAUCAUUAGAACAUAUAAAGAUAGGUUAAAUAAUACAGUCUGUCUGUGUGAUGUAAUUAGGAUAGUAAAAGGAGAAUAGUGUUUUAAUUAGCUUCCUUGAAUGCCUUUCUCUUGAUAGCUUCUUUGAUAACGGUAAUCUUUUCCAAACAAGAGGGAACUUGUUCCUGUGGGAAGUUUCCUUGUCUCAAGACAGCAGCCAAUGGAAGGGUUCUGGUAGAACGGUUUGGAGAAAUAUGAGUAAUGACCAUACCGGAUUUAGAAAUGCAAAUUUUAUGAUGAUCUUUAAAGUUGAACUGAAAGUUUCCAUUGGUCAUUUCAAACAUGAUAUAAUCAGAUGUUCUGGUAUAUCUUCUCAAAAACACAAUUUCCUUUCUGUCUUCAUUCUCACUGACUUUCGAGAGGUUACUAUUCAUGUAUUUGGCAAAAAAGUCAACAAUUUCCAAUUGUCGUUUUGCUUGAGUUGGAGGAUGACUGGUGGAAUUCUCAACACAUGCCCAACCUUCGUUUUCAUGGUAAAGUAAUUCCAAAAAUCUAUCCGAGUUAUGAAGCUUCAAUAAAGUGUUGUCAUCGUUAAACAAAACACCAAUAUCAUCGUUAUUGAGUUGAUAGGAAAAACCAUACUUGUUGGAGUAAUCAACCCAUUUACUAAUCAACGUAGGGUUUUCACAAUCAACAGCUUCUUGAGUUUGUGAUUGUUCUUUGCCGGCGUAUUCUAGUCUUCUCAUGUUUUGGUAGGUCUCAAAACAUACUUGGUUGAGCCUUUUGAUUGCAGUAGAGAAGUUUGCACUGAAAUUGACUCUUCUAGGUCUUCCCAUUUGACUAGGGUCAACUUCUUGGUACUUGUUCCUAGUAUCAUUAGGAGAUAAUGAAGUAGGGAGCAUAGCUCUUGGUUGUUCAGAUUGUAAAUCAGAUCUCAAGAUUUCAACUGGAUCCUUGUUUCUUGGAGUAUAGAUACCAGCAUUGGUCUUGGUAUUAGUAAAAUUGAUACUGGAUUGAGCUCUGGAAAUUUGCUCAAGGCUGACUGGAGUUUCACUCAAACUAAUUUCAUGAGUUUUAUCAGGGAAAGGACCCUUGAACCAUUCAUAGUUUAAUAUCUCAUCGAUAGUUGGUCUGUUUAAAGGAUUCAAGCUUAACAAAUCUUGAAUUAAGGUCUUGGCAGAAGGAGAUAUUGGUUUGUCUUCUGGGAAGUAGUAUUCGGUCUUUUUAAUUCUUUCGUAGAUUACUUCAACAUCUUUAGCUUGGAAUGGUGGCUUACCAACUAGCAAGGCGUACAUCAUAAUACCAAUAGCCCAAAUAUCAACUUCAAAACUAUGACCAGUAUGCUUUCCUCCCAAUACUUCUGGGGCAAUGUAGUUUGGAGUACCACAAAUUGUGUACUUUCUUGAAUCAGUAGAUGGUAACACAGAAGCUAAACCAAAAUCACCAAGCUUAAGGUUCAUGUCCGGGUCAAAAAAUAUAUUUCCCAACUUCAAGUCUCUAUGGAUAACUCUUCUAGAAUGUAAAUAUUUGACAGCACCAACUAUUUGCACCAUAAAGAAUCUUACUUCUGGUUCAGAGACUCUCUUUCUAGCUUUUAACAAUUCCAUCAAGGAUUGGUUAGGACAUAUCUCUAACAAAAUAUAUACAUUAACGUCAUCUUCAAAACAGUCAACAAAAUUGACAAUAUUUGGAUGUUUCAAUGACUUGUGAAUCUUGAUUUCAGACAAUAACUUGGUUUU